AUGGACCACGAGGAGCGAGCGCCGUUCGUGCCGACGGCCAAGUCGGCCAGCUACGGCCACGCAACCGACCUCGAGGCUGGACCGCCGCUUCUCAGUCCGGUGCUGUCGCUGCGGUCGCCCGAAGCCGUCGCGCUCUUCUCGCAGUACUUUGCCAUUGGCAUUCUCUACGGCCUCCUUCCCGGCCUGCAGUACCCGAUCUUCAACAACUACUUGCACAUGGAGGGGUACCAAACCUCGGCGUAUGGCGUCCUCAUUCACAUUGGCUGGUCGUUCAAGGUCUUCCUCGGCAUGCUCUCCGACUGCGUCCCGAUCUACGGCUACCGCCGCAAGCCAUGGAUGCUUCUCGGCUGGACGAUCGCAAUCGUGUGUCUCGGCCUGCUUACGUUCACGCCGUUUCCGCAGCCGUACUGCGACGCCCGGUUCAUUGCGUGUCCCGCCGUGCGCCCAUCACCGUUGGUCAACGCCAGCUACUACAACCUUGACGCACCGAACGCUGGCACAACCAUCAUCGUUCUCUCGGUGCUCGUCGGGUUUGGCUACGUCAUGGCCAACUCGGCCGCCGACGCCAUGGUGGUCGAGUACGCCCAGCGCGAGCCGCUCGCGACGCGCGGGCGCACGCAGAGUGCGAUCUAUGCGAGUCGGUACGCCGGGCAGAUGCUGGCGCAGACCUCGAUCGCGCUCCUGCUCAACGGCAAAGUGUACGGUGGGUCGUUCGACUUUGACGUACCGCCGAACGUCGUGUACGGUCUUUGCCUCGCGCCCAGCGUUCUCAUUCUUCCGAGCACGCUCCUGUGCCUUGUCGAGCACCAGUCGGAGGCGACGCCGAUCCAGAUCUGGCUCCGCUCGUUCUGGCAACUGCUCCAGACGCAGGCCAUGUGGCACGUCUGCGCCUUCAAAUUCCUCAACUCGGCGUUCGCGUCUUUUGGGGCGACGCCGAGCGCGCCGAUCGCGCAGACGUGGGCGCGCGUCGAGCCGCUCAACGACGCCAUCUCGGGCGUGAUCGGGUCGCUCGCAAUGGCUAUCAUCAUGGCCGGCGUCGGGCGCUACGGACUGCACUGGAACUGGCGCACCGUGGUCGCGAUCUCGACCGUCGGCAUCGUAGCCAUUGACGCGUUUGCAGUCUUUGCUACGGUCUGGGACCUUGUCCGCAACCAGUGGUUCUACACCGGCGUCGUCCUCGCCGAGAAGAUCCCCGACGGCAUUCGCUUCAUGGUUGCGUCCUACUGCGCCGUCGAGAUCGCGGACGUCGGCAACGAAGGCGCCACGUACGGUCUCGUCACGACGCUCGGCAACCUCGCGUCGCCCUUUGCCGCUGUCUUCUACAAGCUCGUGGACGCCAACUUUGACGUGUCCCAAGAUGCCAUUGCUCGCGACGAUGUCGACGUGCGCUGGCAGGUGACGUACUGCUUCCUCCUCUCGUACGGCGUGCGGCUCGCCGGGCUCCUCUGGCUCUUCUUGCUGCCACCUCAGAGAGAAGCCUUGCGGUCCCUCAAGCAGCACGGGACGCCGAGCGCAGUGGCCGGCGCCACACUCAUUCUUGUGUUUGUCCUGGCGCUCCUGCUCUCGGUGACGACCAACUUUAUGUCCAUCUACCCGUCCACCAAGUGCUACCGCAUCGCCGGCGGCCACGGCACGGUCAACGGCACGUGUUUCUAG